UAGAGAUAACAUUUGUAAUCUGUAACAUACUGUUUUGUAGUUAUGUGUCAUUUUAUUUGCUAUUUCAUGCAUUAUUUUCACCUUAAUUGAACUAACUGUAAGGUUGUGGGAAAGAGUUGUAUCACUAUUUCCAAUCCUAGACUGGCUAGGCGAAUAUAUUAUAGAUGCUCAAUAAACAUUUGUUGAUUCGUAUUAAAUAACUUUGAGUAAAGAAAUGAUAUUUUACAGAAAGAGCAUAGACAUCUAGUUUAGGAAUGCAACUGACCAUUUCUUAUUGUUAAUUGGUAAUAUGGCAUAAAGUGUGCUUGUGAAAAUCACUCAUAUCAAGCUGAAAUUCUUGGUUACCACGGCAUACUAUAAUGAUAUAUUUUUUUAUUAUGUAAGAAGAUUUUCAUGGAUUAUUUAUCUUUACAUUUAUAUAUACAAUGGAAGGGACCUGGGAAUCUAUGCAAAAACAUUGUCAACCUAAAAUGCUAUAUAAAUAUACAUAAAAGCCACAUAAAGCUUGCUAUUAUUCAUUUAUCUUAAGAAUUUGCGAAAGAAGAAUCUUUGUGGAAGGAGUAUGAAAAAUGAAAGACAAUUUUGUUUUCAGGAAGAUCUUUUUAUUUUAGUUGUAACAAAAAUUCUUGGUGACAGAGAAAAUAAGAUUAUCAGAUGGUUAAUAUGUUGAUUAUAGCUGAAACCAGUUUUCAUAAAGAUCAUUAGCCUCUUUUUCUUUCAGAAUUAUAGGUUAAGUUAUAAAGAAUCUCUUUUGCAUUGAUAAUGCCUAAACAAUUAUGGUUUGGAGUUGUGGCUUUUAAAUUUACUCAAUUGGUAUGACACAGUCAAGUAUUUUCCUAUAAAUACAUAUCCUUUUGAUCAGGAAAAAAAUAUUAGAUAGCUUUGCAGUUGGCAUUUUCUGGAUUUUUGACUGUUUUCCAGCAAAUUAACUAUAAUACUAUUUCCCACUCUAGUUGCAUAUUAGUGGGGAUUGAUUUUUUUUUUUUUUUUUUUAAAGAUACUGCAUAAUAGUUAGCACUUGCCUAAUCCCUUGCUGUUAACCUGGUAGUAUGAAGAGAUUAACAGACACCGAAUGCUAGGAGAUUGUAGAUAUUUUUUUAUGGGAUCUGGUCUCUUUCCAGGUUCAUAAUAUUGUCCUGCUACUAAGUGGGACCUUCUUGUGACAGUUCAUGUUAACAUUGAGAAAGCUCCACAGAGAUAGGCUGGCACCAUCCAGACAGCUCUUGGUUCUGCACCUACCUUGCUAAUUGUUUCCUUGGGAUUAUUUGGACGGUGUAGAAUGCUUUUGGCAAAUCCCUUUUAUUAUUGAAGUCAUUGUUGCCAGCAGGAAUAAGAUUAAAGGUGCUUAAGUCUGUAGAGUUGUUUCUAAUUUGUACGUGUCAUUUCAGCAGCAUUUUAACAGAAUUCUGUCUUUUCUCCCUCCUUUUCCCCUUGGUACUGUGCUGAGGUAGGUCUGAAAAGCCAAGCCAUUGGAAGAAAUCUCAUUUUGUUCUCCUAAUUAUUAUGCUGGCACUCUGGAGAUAAUUUUUCCCUUCAUGCACUGCCAAUUAAUAUGCAAAUGAGCUGAUAAAUAUUUAUGUAGUGAUUUAAAUUAUGCAGGGAGUGCUUUCAGUGUACUCUGCAAAUGAAUUGUUCCUGGACUUCAAAGUGCUGGCUGCUGUGCUAACGAGAGGAGAUUUGCAUAAGGCCCUAAUCAUGCGCAUACUGAUUAAGCUUCAUUAUGGAAACUGCCAGCUGCAAUCUUUGUUUCUAUUUUAUUACAAAAAGGGGAACUUUUCAUGCUUCAGUUGCCUUGACAAUGUCAGUCCUAGCUGGUAGUAGAGCCUAAAACUCCCCAGAGCAACUGAAGUUUCCUUAUUCAGUUGAAGAUUGCUAUGGUGUAACUGAAGUUGUAUUUUGCUUCUCCCUGUCCCCUUUCCAACCCUCACCCCCAUCCCUUUCUCAUUCUGUUUUAGAGCUAUAGUAUAGAUUUGUGAGAAACCAUCUCUUUCCCCAACUCCUUGCUUUUUCUUCCUUCCUUUGGACUUUCUAACCUAUAGAGGAUUUUUGAGCAAUGCUGGACUGCAGUGACUAUGUUCUAGACUCAAGAAUGAACAAUCCGUCAGAAACAAGUAAAUCAUCAAUGGAAAGUGGGGAUGCCAAUACAGGUACACAGACAAAUGGCCUAGACUUUCAGAAGCAGCCUGUUCCUGUUGGAGGAGCAAUCUCUUCAGCUCAGGCUCAGGCCUUCUUUGGACACCUACAUCAGGUCCAACUCGCUGGAACAAGUUUACAGGCUGCUGCUCAGUCCUUAAAUGUACAGUCUAAAUCUAAUGAAGAAUCUGGGGAUUCCCAGCAGCCAAGCCAGCCUUCCCAGCAGCCUUCAGUGCAGGCACCCAUCCCCCAAACUCAGCUCAUGCUGGCUGGAGGACAGAUAACAGGGCUUGCCCUGACCCCAGCCCAGCAGCAGUUACUGCUACAGCAGGCACAGGCCCAGCUGCUGGCAGCUGCAGUUCAGCAUUCGGCCAGUCAGCAGCACAGUGCCGCGGGUGCCACCAUCUCGGCCUCCGCUGCAACGCCAAUGACGCAGAUCCCUCUGUCGCAGCCCAUACAGAUUGCACAGGAUUUGCAACAGCUGCAACAGCUACAACAGCAGAAUCUCAACCUGCAACAAUUUGUGUUGGUGCAUCCAACUACCAACUUGCAACCAGCACAGUUUAUCAUCUCGCAGACGCCACAGGGGCAGCAGGGCCUCUUACAAGCGCAGAAUCUUUUAACACAACUACCUCAGCAAAGCCAAGCCAACCUCCUGCAGUCUCAGCCAAGCAUCACCCUCACCUCACAGCCAGCAACCCCAACACGCACAAUAGCAGCAACCCCAAUUCAGACACUCCCGCAGAGCCAGUCAACACCAAAGCGAAUUGAUACACCCAGCUUGGAGGAGCCCAGUGACCUUGAGGAGCUUGAGCAGUUUGCCAAGACUUUCAAACAAAGACGGAUCAAACUUGGAUUCACUCAGGGUGAUGUUGGGCUCGCUAUGGGCAAACUCUAUGGAAAUGACUUCAGCCAAACUACCAUCUCUCGCUUUGAAGCCUUGAACCUCAGCUUUAAGAACAUGUGCAAAUUAAAGCCACUUCUAGAGAAGUGGCUAAAUGACGCAGAGAACCUCUCAUCUGAUUCAGCACUCUCUAACCCAAGUGCCCUGAAUUCUCCAGGGCAGGGGAUUGAGGGUUUGAACCGCAGGAGGAAGAAACGCACCAGCAUAGAGACCAACAUUCGUGUGGCCUUAGAGAAGAGUUUCCUGGAGAAUCAAAAGCCUACCUCGGAAGAAAUCACCAUGAUUGCUGAUCAACUAAAAAUGGAAAAGGAGGUGAUCCGUGUUUGGUUUUGUAAUCGCCGCCAGAAGGAGAAAAGGAUUAAUCCACCUAGUAGUGGUGGGACCAGCAGCUCACCUAUAAAAGCAAUUUUUCCCAGUCCAACCUCAUUGGUGGCAACCACGCCGAGCCUUGUGACAAGCAGUGCGGCCACUACCCUGACCGUCAAUCCGGUCCUCCCUCUAACCAGCGCGGCGGUAACCAACCUCUCUGUGACAGGCACUACAGAAACCACCUCCAACAACACCGCAACAGUGAUUUCGACAGCACCUCCAGCUUCCUCAGCAGUGACACCCCCCUCUCUGAGCCCCUCCCCUUCUGCCUCCGCCUCUGAGGCAUCCAGUGCCAGUGAGACCAGCACAACACAGACCACCUCCGCCCCUUUGUCCUCCCCUCUUGGGACCAGCCAAGUGAUGGUGACAGCAUCCGGGCUGCAGACCGCAGCUGCUGCCCUCCAAGGAGCUGCUCAGCUGCCUGCAAAUGCCAGUCUUGCUGCAAUGGCUGCUGCAGCAGGUUUAAGUCCAGGGCUGAUGGCACCCUCACAGUUUGCAGCUGGAGGUGCCUUACUCAGUCUCAACCCAGGGACAUUGGGCAGUGCUCUCAGCCCGGCUCUGAUGAGCAACAGUACACUCGCAACCAUUCAAGCUCUUGCAUCUGGUGGAUCUCUUCCAAUAACAUCACUGGACGCAACUGGGAACCUGGUAUUUGCCAAUGCAGGAGGAACUCCAAACAUCGUGACCGCCCCGCUGUUCCUGAAUCCUCAGAACCUCUCUCUGCUCACCAGCAACCCAGUCAGCCUGGUCUCGGCGGCCGCAGCCUCCGCAGGAACCUCCGCACCAGUUGCCAGCCUUCACGCCACAUCCACCUCAGCUGAGUCCAUCCAAAACUCUCUCUUCACUGUGGCCUCUGCUGGUGGGCCUGCUUCCACCACCACUACCGCCUCGAAGGCGCAGUGAGCGGGGCCGAACGGGGCGCCACCAGCCUUCGUCACUGGGCAGGGUGGUUGGCCGCUGGCUGGGUUUGAAACUAAAAAUAGGAUUGGCUUCCUCUCACCAUGUGGCUGGGGACAAGGGAGAGAAGGAAAACAAAAACAGGAAGGAUGGAAAGAUGGGACAGACUUUUGCCUAAUUUUGUAAUAAACACUGUCUUUUCAGGAUUGCUUCAUGGAUUGGAGAACUUUCUAACCAAAAAUGUAAAAAAAAAAAAAAAAACCA